AUGAGCGCGCCGGCACCCAACCCCCAAGCGAUGCUCGGGCGCGCGGCGCUGAGCGGGUUCACGCGGCUGUCGAAGGGGCUGGCGGCGGUGUUGCUGAUGGGCUACGUGGUGUCGCUGCUGCCCUCCACGCACACCGCCUUCGCUCUGCUGCCCGGCAGGACCAUCCCGUUCGCGUGGAAUAUCGUCACGGCGGGCCUCUUUGAGCGCCACCUCUUCACCCUGGUGCCGGACGUGGUGGCUUUGCUGUUCCUGGGGCGGGUGCUGGAGCCGGUGUGGGGGUCACGUGAGUUCCUGCGGUUCGUGGUGAUCGUGAGCACGCUCACCACGGUGUGCACCUUCAUCGCCAUGGUCACCGCCUACUACUUCACCUUCCAGGGAUACUUCCUGUACGAGCCGAUAUCGGGGUUCCACGGGGUGGUGGCGGGGCUGCUGGUGGGCGUGAAGCAGCUCAUGCCCGAGCAGGACAUCACUGUUGCCUAUGUCCUCAAGUUCCGCGCCAAGUGGUUGCCGUCCCUCUUCGUGCUGCUGACGGUGGUGCUGUGCUUCUGCAUCGGCCACUACCGCCAGCUGCUGCCCUUUGUGCUCUUCGGCACGUACACCAGCUGGGCCUACCUGCGCUUCUUCCAGCCCAAGGGCGACAGCGGGCUCAAGGGCGACCCAAGCGACGACUUUGCCUUCGAGACAUUCUUCCCAGAGGCCCUCAGACCCGUGGUGGGCACGGUGGCAACCAUUCUGGGGCGGCUGCUGUGUGGGAGGCGGGUGGAGCGGGCGGCGGUGGUGGAUGAGGACCAGCUGCUCGCGGCCGGCAAGCCGCUGCCCGGCUCCGACCCCGCUGAGGCCUCUCGACGCAGGUGA